AACCAAGGUUAUUAUUUGUACAACAACAUUUGUGUUCAAAAAGCGUCAAACACGCCAUGCAACGCAAUUCAGAUCACAGAGGAUGUUUGUCUUAGCAAAGAAGAUGCUGGGUGUGAUGAAGUUUUAAAUAGCAAGUGCACAUCGUGUCAGAGUGAAUUGAUACUCGACAAUGGAAUGUGUAAAAGUUGUUCCUCGUCAAUACAAAACUGCACAAGUUGCUCCACUUCGAGCAUGGGGAGCAUCAUGUGUUCUGUGUGCAGAGAAGGGUUCUUUCCAGAGAAGACGUGUAAAUCGUGCAGAAUGAUAUAUGGGUGUGAGUUGUGUGUAAACUUGCUUGUUGGCAAUGUUGAAAGCACUCGAAUUUGCACAAAAUGCCUGAGUGGGUUUUAUUUGCAAGAUGGUGAGUGUCUCCAAAUCAAAAACUGUGUUGCGAACACAGGAAUAGAGUGCACAAAAUGUGAACAAAACUUUAUUGUGGAAGAAGGUGAAUGCAAAGAAUACACAACACAGUUGGGGUGUAUUGCAACUGAUGGUGUAUUUUGCACGAUGUGUUCUGAUGGAUUUUACUUGUCACAAGAAAGUCGGCGAUGUUUGUCGUGUUCAGUUGCGAGUUGCAGCAGGUGUGACACAACUGGCAAAUGUAUUGAGUGCAACACAAGCAACUCAUUGAAAGACGGGAAGUGUGAGAGGUGUGGGAUUGUUGGGUGUUCACGCUGCAACUCGACAGGUAGUGAUUGUCUAAGUUGUGACAAAACCCACUUCUCAACAACACUGCCAACAUUACAAUGCACAGAGUGUACCACAAUAACGAUUGGGUGUUUGGAGUGUUCAAGUGAGCAUUGUACAAGAUGUCAAGACGGGUAUUUCAUCAACACCACGGAUCACAAAUGCAACUCAUGCAAAAUGAUAAAGGGGUGCACAACAUGCUCACUUGAAACGGGGAAGUGCUUCAAGUGUUUGGAUGGGUUUUAUUUGGUGAGUGGACAAUGCGCUUUGUGCAACAAAACCAUCCAAAAGUGUGGAAGGUGUUCGAGUGAGUCAAAUUGCAACAGUUGUGAAGAGGGAUACUUUUUGGAGGAGAACACGUGCCACAAAUGCAGUGAGAUAGACGGGUGUGAGGUUUGCGACGAAUCAAGUCGUCUCUGUUUUAAGUGCAAAAACUAUUACACCGCAUUGGUAGAUGGAAAUGGAUACAAAUGUGUCGAUUGUGAAACUGCACACGAAAACUGUUCGAGUUGUUCAGUUGAUGGAAAUUGCACCGAAUGUAAAAGUUCUUUUAUGUUAAAAGAGGGUGUUUGUGUUGAGUGCUCAACUUCAAAUCCAAAUUGCCACGUUUGUGCAACGACAAGUUCGAGGUGUCUGUCGUGUGAUGUUGGGUAUGGUGUUGAUGAUAAUGGACAAUGCCAGAAGUGUAUUGAUGUGAAUUGUCUUGACUGUGAGUUGUAUGACAAAUGUUCAAAAUGCAAAGAAGACACAAUUCUCACAGAUGGGAGUUGUGUGAGUUGCAGUGUUGACAACUGUAAGACGUGCGAUUUGAAUGGGUUUUGUGUUGAGUGCAAAUCGAGUUAUUAUCCGAAUGAUGGUGUUUGUCAAAGCUACAAUUUGAGUUUUUUCAAUUGUGUUGAAACGUCAACAACCAGAAACGAGUGUUUGAAGUGCAAUAUAAAUUAUUAUUUGAAAUUGGGAAAUUGCAAUCCAUGUAACUUGUUUGAUGCCAAUUGUGUUGAAUGCAACAAUAGCACAUGUUUAAAGUGUUCAGAAGGAACAUAUCCAAGUGGGGUUGGAAAGUGUUCGUCAUGCAACACUAUGGCAAACUGCACAAAGUGCCAACAAACGGCGCCUGUUUGCACAGAGUGCUCUUUUACAUCUUCUCCAAGUGGGCAAUUGGUAAAUGGGUAUUGCAAAGAUUGCACUGUUGACGGCUGUGUGAAAUGCAAAACAAAAACGUCUGGUAGUAAUGUGUAUCCCGUUUGUGAAACAUGUGCACCGGGGUAUAACCUCAACUCAAAUGACGAAUUUUGUUAUCCAAACACGAUCAACGAUUGUGAAGAGUAUGAAACCAACACCAACACUUGUUCGAAAUGUAAAAAUGGGUUCACAUUGAAUGCAAACACAUGUCAAAGUUGUUCCAAUACACUGACCAAUUGUGAAGAAUGCGCGUCAACAUCGAGUUGCACAAAGUGUUCAGAGGGAUUUACUGUUGGCACAGACAACACUUGCCACACCUGUUCAGAUGUAAUACCAAAUUGUGAUAAAUGUUAUUCUGACACUUCAAAAUGCAAAGAAUGUGCAGUUGGGUAUUACGUCACAGAAGGUUUGACGUGUUCGAGUUGUGAUUCGGUGAUAUCAAAUUG